UUUUACCUCAGUGCUGCCCCCUACCCGUGCGCUACGCAGGGAGAAGACCCCCCUCCGCAACACACUCCGUUUUCCAGGCCCGCCCGUCCCGAUGUGACUCCUCCGGCUCUGUGUGGGUAUACAGUCAGGAGCGCGUCGGGGCUCGGAGCUGCCGCGGCGCGUGGAGGGAGCUGCGUGCGGGAAACGUGCUGCAGGGACUUUGAGGCCGGCGUGACACCGGAGAUGGAGCCCGAAAACGCGCAAACCACAAAUCAGACACAAACAGAAUCUUUGUCUCCAUCCCCCAACACUGUGUCACCCGUGCCAUUAAAUAACCCAACAAGUGCCCCAAGAUUUGGAACAGUUAUUCCUAAUCGCAUCUUUGUAGGAGGAAUCGAUUUUAAGACUAACGAAAAUGACCUAAGGAAGUUUUUUGCCCAGUAUGGGUGCGUGAAAGAAGUGAAGAUAGUAAAUGACAGAGCUGGAGUAUCAAAGGGGUAUGGUUUCAUCACUUUUGAAACUCAAGAAGAUGCACAAAAAAUUUUACAAGAGGCUGAAAAACUUAAUUAUAAGGAUAAGAAACUGAAUAUUGGUCCAGCAAUAAGAAAACAACAAGUAGGGAUUCCUCGAUCUAGCAUAAUGCCAGCAGCUGGAACAAUGUACUUGACCACUUCAACUGGAUAUCCUUAUACUUAUCACAAUGGAGUAGCUUACUUUCAUACUCCUGAAGUUGCAUCUGUUCCACAGCCAUGGCCUUCACGUUCCAUUUCCAGUUCCCCUGUAAUGGUAGCUCAACCUGUUUAUCAUCAACCUACAUAUCCUUACCAGGCACCUGCACAGUGUCUUUCAGGGCAGUGGCAAUGGAGUGUUCCACAGUCUCCUGCCUCUUCAACCUCAUUCUUUUAUCUUCACCCUUCUGAAGUUAUUUAUCAACCACUAGAAAUUGCACAGGACAGUGGAUGUGUACCUCCUCCUUUCUCUCUAAUGGAAGCUGCAGUUCCAGAGCCAUAUUCUGAUCAUGGAGUUCAAGCAGCAUAUCACCAAGUUUAUGCCCAGAGUACCAUAGCUAUGCCAACACCUGUGAUGCAGCCUGAGCCGGUUAAAGAACCAAGGUUACAUUCUGUGAGAAGAAAUUUUUCACAUCCUUCAUCUGUGAGUUUGAAACCUCGAUAUACACGAAGCCCUCACUUUCAUCCUAGGAAAGAUUACAGAAUGGAAGAUACAAUUCUCACUCCACCUUCCUCUACAGACUCUGUAAAAUAGAAUCUUAGAUGUCUACUAUGCUAAUAUGUCUAGCACACACAGGGUAUGUAAUUUAGUAACUCUCAACAUUUACUGAGUAUGCCUAAGUUAAAAUGCCCUAUUUUUUUGUAAAAGGAAUAAAAAGAAAUCUUGCAGUUCAUGUCAGCAAACACAAGAUAUGCAGGAUAAAAUCAUGGUUUCCUUUAUCAAUUAAUGCACAUUUAGGUGACAGACUUGUAAUUUGUGAUAUACAGACUAUUGUAUAUGCACUAUUUAUUAAAGUAGUUUGAAAAACAGCAUA